AUGUCCAAGAUUACAGAAUCUGUCGGGCAGGAUCCGCAUGUUGCGGCUGCCUCUUUGGAGCCUCAGAUUGUCGCAGCCGCGGUUGAUCUGAGUUGUCCGGUUGUUGAGCUUGAUGAAGAGCAUUGCUCGGAUUUUUCCCAGGAGGAUUGGGAGGAGUUCGUUGCAUCUUAUGAGUGUGCUUGGUCGGGACCUGUUGUGCUUGAAGGCGGUGAGCCUGUUGUUGCGCUUGAGGGUUCCAUGUUGCACGUUGCGCUUGAGAGUUUUCCUUGUGACAGCCCAAACAGAGCCACAGUUGAGCUUGCAGAGUCCCGCGGUGUCCCAAACAGAACCACAGUCGAGCUUGCAGAGUCCCACCAGGUCCCAGACAGAACAACAGUCGAGCUUGCAGAGUCCCCAGAGUUGAGCUUGGAAGCAGGUCGUUUUGUUGCAGAUUUUCAACAUGGCGUUGAGCAUGGCAUGUUGCAUGGGAUAGGUAGACCUGACCAUGGCAUGGUAGCGCACGAAACAGCAGCAGCCAGCCAGCAGCAUGACACCAUGGACUGGUGGCUCGUCGACUCUGGCGCGUCGGCCCACAUCAUCAACGAGGACACUUUGAGCCGGGUGCACGUUGUGAGCCACAGUGAGUCUGCCAGUGAGUGUGUUUCUGCAACGGGUGACAGCAUUGGAGUUCGGAGGCCGCUGGGUACGUUCUUCGCACGAGAUGGGAUGGGGAGGAGCAACCGGGCACCCGAGGAGUCUUCUUCCGACUCGGAGCAGGAGUGGCGCCUUUCGGGUCACCGCCACCUGGCGGAGCAGCACGCGGCGACUGUUACAAGGACGCACGAGGAUUUCGAGGGAUCCACGGUCGCCUUUACGGCAACAUCGAUGGUGGGUCUUACGCCGGGCCAGAACCUGCUGUUGGUGCCAGCCGCGGAAGUGAAGAAGAAGACGGCAGAGCAGGCAAAGGCAGCUGCGAAAGCAGCGGCGGAGAAAUUCGUGAAGGAGCGCCAGGAGAGCGCCCAGUGGGCCAAGGAGGCAGAGGAAGCAAAGAAGAAGAGAGCAGCCAAAGCCGCAGAGGCCAAGAAGAAGGCAGCCGAGGCGGAGAAGUUGAUCAACGAGGCCACGGAGGCAAAGAAGAGAGCAGCCGAGGCAGUGGAGUUGGUCAGCGAUUCCCCGGAGGGGAAGAAGAAAGCAGCCGAGGCAGAGAAGUUGGUCGACGAGGCCACGGAGGCAAAGAAGAAAGCAGCCGAGGCGGAGAAGUUGGCCAGCAAAGCCACGGAGGCAAAGAAGAAGGCAGCCACAGAGGCCACGGAGGCAGAGAAGAAGGCAGCCACAGAGGCCAAGAAGAGGGUCGCCGAAGCGGCCGAGGUCACAGAGGCCAAGAAGCCCAAGGGCAGUGUGGCCAGAGCAAAGGCGGAGCCGUCUUCGGGGUCGAAGGACCCACCUGGUGAAGAGGCAGCCCAAGCCGCCCAUGGUGAAGGCAAUGCCAGCCAAGGUCCGAAAGAUCGUCUUGAAGAGCCGGGCCCAGCACGGGAGAAGAAGAAGCAGGGCCACCUCAUGAAGGCCAACGCUAUGAAGAAAAAGGCCGAGGAGCAAGGGGGGCUGGAGAUCCCGUUCGUGGAGGUGACGAUUUCCGAAAUCAUCAAGGAGGAGACUUCCCACGCCGCCGAGGGACCCGAGGUCAGCCGGACGAGGGCCCUCUGCGCCCUCAGAGUGGUCACCUGUGUCCAGUCUGCCGCCAUGGAGCCCCCAGCAGAGAGGAGAGCCGAGGAGCUGCACAUCGGGGACGACGGCAAGAUCUACAACUCGCGGGGCGAGGUGGUGGAGCUCGAGAGCAUCGAGAUAGACGCCCACCAUCCAGGAAUAUCCGAUGGUCCUUCUUCCUUGGGACUCUCGCUUCUGAUGCAAGAAAAGGUUGCGUUUGCAUGUGAGCAUGAUGCUGCAGUUGAGCUUGGUGAGCAUGCAUGUGUUGGUGGUUUGGGUGAGCAUGAUUUGCAGCAUGGUGAGUUGCUUGAGCAUGUUGGCCAGGACCGACCACAGCGUGACCGGAGCGAGGCCCAUGAUAGCCAGAGUGAAGCAUGGUUGCUUAGAGGGGAUCGGGAACUGUUGUUGCAGGAGAGCUGGGGUAAGCUAGAGCGAGAACAUGUUCUUAGAUCGCAUGUGCCGUACAAUGCGUCUUGCCCGCAAUGCGUGCAAGGUCGUGGGCUUGAACCCGCCAGAAGCCAGGAUCGGCCCCAGGACUCAGGGAUGAGAGAGGUGCAAAUAGAUAAGUUUUUCUAUAAGGGCCUCGCGUUCCUGGUGUUGGUUUUGGUUGGUGCCUUUGCCCUCGGUGUGGUUCCGUACCGUGAGGUGAGCGGAUCCCGAGGCCCAGCAGCCAAGGAAGCCAUGUUGAAUGACAUGUCGGCAUGGAGUCGUAGUGUUGGCUUGGUUGGUGUUGCUCCCAGUGAGUUGACGGUGAGUGUGAAGUCGGACAUUGAGGGUGUUGUGAAGAACCUUGCGCAGAGUUUUGCUGAUGGUUUGACCGCCGGUGCCAUCGAAGUUGUGGAUGCCCCUGUUGGUCGGCAUGCUGUUGUUGCAGAGCGUGCUGUGAGGACCAUCAAGGAAGGUGCAAACACACUGUGUGCUGGGUUGGAACAGGUCGGCUUGGAGCCCUGCGGGAAGGGUGUCACGUAUCUUUUGAUGCACGUUGCCCAGGUCUACAACCGGUACCAGGUGCAUCCUGGAUCGGCGCUGUCCCCAGAACAGCGGUGCUUGAAGACCACCCGUGGACCGCAUGCCGCAUAUGUUUGGGGUGCUGCUGUGCUUGCCACUCCUCCUCCCUCUUUGCGUGACAAGAUCACUGGCCGUUACGGCCACGCCGCCUACCUUGGACCAGAGGUGUCGAGCUUGAAAGGUGUUUGUCGCAUGUUGCCUGGAAGAAGGGAUGAUGCCCAGAAGAAGCUCCCCGAGAGCAGUGGUGACAAUGUGCGCGACCUCCCGUUGCCGAACACCGCAACCCGAGGACCACCACCAGAGUGGAUUGAAGAAAACGGAAGAACCCCAAGGUGCCGAGCUUGCCGGCUGCGCGGCUUCCCCGCGGAUAAGGCCUGGCACACCCAGAAAUGCCGUGACCGCUACGCAGAAUUUGUGCGGAACUCUUUCGAUCCCAGCCGGGCGAUCCUCGAUCAAGCCCCAAUUGAAGAAGAAGCGGCUGGGCUUGAUGAUUUGGGUGCUGGAUUUGAUGUUGAUCUUGGGUUUGAUGUGCCGGAUGAUCUUGAUCCGUUCCCGAAUUUUCCGGUGGACGAGGAUUUGGCUGAGUAUGAGCCCAGCCUGCCUGGAGUUGAGAAUGAGAUUGAGGUUGGAGAAGAACUCGAGCAGAUCGAGGCCCCGAGCCCGGGCGAGCUUGAUUUCAUGCAAGUGGAGCCUGAACCUCUUGAGGCACUCCCUGAAGAAGAGCGGGAGGCCAUGGUGUCUAGUGUGAUGUACCGAGAGUCCAUCUCCUUUGCUGGUGCGUCGGUUUGCUUUGCCGGGGCCGCCACCAAGGUUGACUUGAACUGGGUGAAUGUGCUUACUGUGACUGAGCGUGAUGAUGGUGCCAGUGCACAGACCUUGCUUGAGCUCAAAGCCAUCUUUGCUGCGCAGAUCAAGAAGAAGGGUUUUGUCUUCUUGUGGGCCAGUACCCCGUGCACCGGAGGCUGCCCAUAUCAGAGGCUGCGUGCCCGUGAUCCAGCUUAUCGCCGAGGGCGGUUGGCUCAGCACUGGAGGCUGCACCGAAAGCUCUGGAGAAGCUUGGUCGAGCUUACUAGCUUUGUGCAUGCUUGGGCCAUUGAGUGGCCACGUGCUUGUGCUUACUGGUCUUGGCGCCAGACUGAGCAUUUUCUUUCUUCACGCCCCUACGUUUUGCACGACGUUCCAGUUGAUGGUUGUGCGCUUGACAUGCGAGGCCGCGAUCAUCUUCUUAUCGCCAAGCGGUGGCGUGUUGUUACCACACACCCAGCAGUUGCUGAGAGCAUCCGUGUCUAUCGUUGCUCUGGAAAGCAUGAGCACUCGAAGGACUUCGACCUCAAGAGUACACAGCACUACCCGGUAGAGCUUGUAAAGUCCUUCUUUGAAGCGUUGACGUUUAAGAUGUCUCUGGUUCCUUUCGCUGCCGAGCGUGCCAUGGUGUUUGGCCUGGUUGUGGAAGUGCAAGAGAAGCUUCUCGAAGUGCCGAGUGUCGGGCUUCUCGCUGUUGUGCUUGUCCCACUGCUUGUGGGUGUUGCGCUUGGAGUGUGCUUGCAGAAGCUGCGUACCGAGAGCUCCCGCGUCAAGACUGUGCAGGACCUUCUUUCGUUUCUGCCAAGGUCAGGCCAGAAGAUGGCUGUCUUUACUUCUGCUUACGGAGACUGUUUCCACGUGCGUAGGGACUGCCACGGCCUCAGGAACGCGAUUCCGAAUCGCAUCGCUGCUAAAGUGGCGUGCGAGUACUGUUUAAGGGAUCUCCACCUGGUACCUCCGACAGCUACUGCGUCGUGGGGGGGUGUAGAAAACCAGUGCUCUGCCCAGUAG